AUGUUCAAGAAUGGAAACGUAGCUGAAGAGGACUAUAAUAAGCACAUAGAAGCGAAAAAUAAAGCUAGAGCUGAAAAAGAAAGAGACAAAGCACAAGCACUGGAGGGAAAAUGUCAUGUUAUUACAAUGGAUGUACAAUAUGUUAAGCUUUUGCCGCAGAUUCCGGCAAGUACACUCUAUUACAAGACUAAAUUGUGCUGUCACAAUUUCACAAUUUAUGAUCUUGCUACUAAAGGAUGUGUUUGCUUCUGGUAUAAUGAAACACAGACAGAUGGACAGGCCUCAACCUAUGCUUCUUUCCUGCUUGAUUUCCUUGAAGAAACGUUCCUCAAAGGAAGGAGCGUACCGGGCAAAAGAUCAUCAGAUGAAUCGCAACAUGAAUCAGAGGAGGUUUCUGAUUCAAGCGCAGAUCAUUCUGAACAGGAAAUGGCACAUGAAGAAGUUGACGAAGAGGUGGGGUACGAGGUAGCUGAUGCGGAUAUUACAUCUGGUGAAUUUGUUCUAGUCUGCGUUAUGUCCGGUGAAAGAAAGUCUGUCAGUUAUCGAUACGUAGCCAUCGUUCAAGAUGUCUUGCCGGACGACGAAUAUAAUUUACUGGGACUGAAAUCGUUGGAUGCUACUGAAAAAACAUUUGUGGGGGUCGAGAAUGAUCUGUUCACGGCAACCCUCGAUGCUAUCUUGGCGAUUUUGUCUAAGCCUUUGCUUAAUAUAAAACAUCUUAGAGGCCCCAGAACACAACAUGUUUCGUCCAAGAACAUCGACGUCUUUGAAACCUGA